AUGGAGAGGAUGAUUAUUUUCUGUAUGCUUUUAUUCUGUGCCAGAGUGGCACUGGGUGCAGCUCAACACAAAACAGCAAAAUACAAACAGGUUUUGAAGACAAUUAAACGGUUAGCACCCACAGUGAAAGAUAAGGAUGUUGAACUUCUGCAUACACCAGAAAACCCUGUGGAUGGAUGCCUGUUCACAGCUGUGAGCUGCUUCCAGAAGGGUGUACUGAAAUUACAGCCACAAACCAGCCAAGUAAAUCCUACAUUCAGCCACGCUGUCAGAAUCCUGAAGUCCCCCUUUGGGAACCCCGGAGAGAAUUGUGAGACUCCAUGUGAAUCUUACGAGAAAAAAAAGCCCAAAGAGUUUUUGAAGAGCUUUGAAAAACUAAUCCAAAAG